CACAGCUACAGGUAACGAAAGCAGGUAAGAACUAGCAUUCAACUCCCGUCCAGGGACUGAAAUAAACCAUUAACCGUAACAUCCACCCCCUCUCCAACACUCCAUUAUUCUAUUCGUCUGUGAGGGAAUAAUCAAUACUGCACACAUACUGAGGCAACAACAACAACAAAAACAAGAAAUAAUGGUGUGGUCUAGUGAUAAGCAACAACAGUAGGGCCACAGCCCGGCUACACUCCCCGUCAACCGCCCACCGCCCAAGUCGAGCAGGAAUUCGAAAAAGGAAGGAGUCACAGAAAGCAAUUUACCAUCACACAACUCAAAUUUCCUGUCGUUCCUUCAUCUUCCUGUCAUCAAAAAAGUGGAAAUAAUGUCGCGUGAGGAACGCAAACCCAUUGUGGAGACCUCGAACAGCAGCAGUUGCAGCAGCGGCGAUGAGGAAGUGCAUCCUGUGGUGCGUCGUCGCAGUACCCGGGACACGGAACUCUCCGGUUCGCAAAAGGAUGCCGGAUGCUGUGAUCCUUCCAGUACGCCCCACCGAUUCCUGGCCCUGCUCUUUAUGUGCCUCCUCGGUUUUGGUUCCUAUUUCUGCUACGAUAAUCCCGGUGCAUUGCAGGACGUGUUCCAAAAGGAGCUUGAUCUCAGUUCCACCGAGUUCACGCUGAUCUACUCCAUCUACUCGUGGCCAAACAUCGUGCUCUGCUUCGUGGGCGGCUUUCUCAUCGAUCGAGUCUUCGGUAUCCGUCUGGGCACCAUCAUCUACAUGCUGAUCGUGCUAGUUGGCCAACUGAUCUUUGCUACCGGCGGAGUGCUGGGUCACUUCUGGUUGAUGAUCGUGGGACGCUUUAUUUUUGGCAUCGGGGCUGAGUCGCUGGCUGUGGCCCAAAACAGCUAUGCGGUGUUGUGGUUUAAGGGCAAGGAGCUAAACAUGGUCUUCGGACUGCAAUUGUCGGUGGCUCGAUUCGGAAGCACCGUCAACUUUUGGAUAAUGCAACCUCUAUACGGCUACGUCUCUAAAUCGUACUCUGGCUAUAAGGGAUUGGGCGUGGCGCUGUUUCUCGCCUCCUCCACUUGUGUGAUGUCGUUGGUCUGCACCUUGAUUUUGGGUUGGAUGGACAAGCGAGCGGAGCGCAUUCUGAAACGAAAUAAUAACCCCGGCGGAGAGAUUGCCAAACUGAGCGACAUUGUCACCUUUAAGCUGGACUUUUGGAUGGUAUCUGUAGUGUGUGUGGCCUAUUAUGUGGCCAUCUUCCCCUUUGUGGCUUUGGGCCAGGCCUUCUUUGUCAGCAACUUCCACAUGACUCCGGAUGAGGCGAACACGGUCAACUCGAUAGUCUACCUGAUCUCCGCCAUAGCAUCGCCCCUGUUCGGAUUCAUAAUUGACAAAGUCGGAAGAAAUGUGACCUGGGUGUUUUGUGCCACCAUCUCCACGCUGGUAGCCCAUUUCCUGCUGACCUUUACCCACUGGGAUCCGUACAUAGGAAUGAGCAUCAUGGGAUUGUCCUAUUCCAUGCUGGCUGCCAGUUUGUGGCCUUUGGUGUCGUUGAUUGUUCCCGAGUAUCAACUGGGAACGGCUUAUGGCUUCUGUCAGUCUGUGCAGAAUCUUGGAUUGGCAGUCGUCACCAUUGCGGCGGGCAUUAUUGUGGACAGCAGCGGUGGCAGUCACUUUUGGUUGCAACUCUUCUUUAUGUUUUUCUUACUGAUCUCCCUGCUGGCCACGUGUGCGAUCUGGGCCUACAACCGCAAGCAUCAGGGCAAUCUGAACAUGUCACCUGCCCAGCGGGCCACAUACCACACCUCGAUCGCGAUGCAGUGCCCCUUUGUGAAUCGACGGCCUUUAUUGGGCAACUAAGUGCAGUAUAUUGAUUAUCUGUUUACUAACCAAUAACCAUUUGUGAUGUUAACGCCAUCUCUCUAUACUUAACUUGUUAAGCAACACGGAGCACAUUCUGCUAAUCGCACAAACGUCGUUCGAUCGGUUCAACUUCUAGCCAAUAUUCUAUGAUACAUAUCAAACCGUAAACUAUUGUUAUAU